AUCAUGAUAUUCAUUUUUUGUCCAUCACAGGGGAUAAUUGUUGAUUGAGGUUAAUCGUUGUAUAUGAUAUGAAUAGCAGUACAAGUCUUGGCGUUCCUCCGUUCCAGGGAAAAAGAAUGGUCGUAGACUGGGCUGAAUUACCACAAGAAAUCAUUGAAUUAAUAUCCAAAAGAAUCACAAUCUACUCCGACUAUCUCCGAUUCCUACGCGUUUGUCGCAGUCCCGAAACCCCUCUCCAUAUACUACCACCUCAACUCCCAUGGCUCAUGCUUUCUCACAAUUCCUUCUUUGACCCAUCCACCAAAGAAAUCCACCACCUCAAUCUCCCUCUAUCAUCUUCUCACAAAUCUCGAAUCUGCUGUUCCUCUUUUGGCUGGCUCGUCAUUCUCCACGAUAUCUCCAAAGUUCGUCUUCUCAACCCUAUAACAUGUGUCACACUUUCUCUUCCUUCUCUCUACACUUUGCCAAAGUUUGUUAGAAAGCCUUUGAAAUCUAAUUGUAACCAAUUCCUUCAUAAAAUUGUCUUGUCUUCUAGCCCCUCGCUAAGUGACGACUUCGCUGCUCUAGCCAUUCUUAAUUUUGGUGCGUUAGCAUUCUGUAGAAAAGGCUAUGAUUCUUGGGUUCUCCUCAGAAUGAAUGCGUUUCACGAAUGGAUGGAUGUUGUAUGCAAUAACGGUUUGUUUUAUGCUGUGAGCACGAAAGGAGUGAUAGCGGUGUAUGAUGUUAAAGGUCCUCGAGUCUCCAUUAUUGAGACGACAAACUUUGUCCAUUCUUGAAAGGAAAUGUACGAUGUUGUGUUUUCAAGGGAGGACAUGUUGUUGGUCUCUUCGUGUUUACUAAAGAAAGAUGUAUGUCAGGGAAUGUGGAUUCGAAUUUUAAGGAUGAAUUGGAAUGCGCUAAUGUGGGAAGAAGUUCGAAGUUUGGGCAGAGUCAUGUUGUUUGUAGGGUGGAGAUCUUCUCUUUCUAUUUCUGCCGCUGAUUUUGUUGGAUGUAAUCCAAAUGAUAUGUAUUUCACUAACGAUGACCAUAUUGGCAUCUAUAGUGUAUACAAUAAGAGCAUUGAGCUAUUGCUCCACUAUCCACUUAAUUUAGACCGUCCUUUGGGAUGUCCAAUUUGGUUUACACCAAAUCCGCUAUGAGCUAAAAAUCUCAAUGAUGUAAGAUUUGUUUAUUUGUAUAUUGUAUGGGUUCCCUCCCUCCUUUGAGGUGAGA